AUGGAAGGAUCCUUAUUAGUGAGAAAAGGAGCAUGGAGUAAAGAGGAAGAUGACCUUCUGAGGGCGUAUGUGCAACAAUAUGGAGAAGGAAAAUGGCACCUUGUGCCUAUAAGAACAGGCUUAAACAGAUGCCGUAAAAGCUGUAGACUUCGGUGGUUGAAUUAUCUAAAACCAAAUAUCAAGAGAGGAGAAUUCAGUGUGGACGAAAUUGAUCUGAUGAUGAGAAUGCAUAGACUUUUGGGAAACAGAUGGUCCCUGAUUGCUGGAAGACUUCCUGGAAGAACUUCUAACGAUGUGAAAAACUACUGGAAUACUUAUAUUCGAAGGAAUGUAUCCUCUCAUAAGGAAGUCAACAUUGCAAAGCCAAAGGAAACAGUCAAACCUAACAUAGUGAUAAAGCCUCAGCCUCUAACUUUCUCAAGAAGGAGAUAUGUUAAGGUCGAUGAGAGUAAGGCCAAACAAUGUACUAUUGAAACACGUGCAGCUUCAUCAGAGUGCAAUAAUCUUUCAGAUAUGUGGUGGGAAACGGUGAAGGGCCACGACAAUGACCAUGAGGCAGGCAACGCAAAGAACGAUAUAUGCUGCUUGGAUGACCAAAAUGGGAAACUCUUGAUAGACCAUAAUUGGAAUGAGAUAAAUACUUCAUUGACCACACAAGCUGGGGACUUUCUUGUAGAAACAGUGAUGGACGACAAGGGAGUUGGCAACACAGAGAAUGACAUGUUUCGCUUGGGUGAUAAUGAUGGGAAGCUCAUGAAAGACAUUAAUGGGAAUGAGGAGCUUACAUCAUUGACCACACAAGCUGGGGACUUUCUUAUUGGAGAUCAGUGUUGGAGUGAUUUUCUUUUGGAUACCAAUUUGUGGAAUUUAUGA